AUGCCAGAAAUCAGUUCAUACGAGCACAUAGAAGGAUGUAAAAAACAACUUCCAUCCAAUCCAAUCGAAUCAAACAAAGUACUACAUAUAUGUAGUCAAUGUACACGUACAUUUAAAGAUAUAAAUAAUUUUCGUGAACAUCUAUUUCAAGAACAUGGCGAACUUGGUGUUAAUGUUCGGCAAUGUCAUCUUUGUUCAUAUGCAACAUUGCUUAAAUCAAAAUAUGAUUGUCAUAUAAGAUGUCAUUUAAACAAUCGAGUUAUUCGAUGCCAAAAAUGUAAUUAUUCAACGAUUAACAUCAGACAUAUGUCAAAACAUGAACGUCAACACAGUGUUUCAAAUACAAUUAAUACACCAGUAUCGAAUGAAAGUCCUAUGCGAGAAGCUAAACGAGCAAGAUUGGAAACUAUAGAUCCCUCACCCGAUCGAAAUUGGUCAACAACACUUUAUAUUGAUACACAAAUAAAAGAUGAACCAUUGAAAACAAAUGAUGAACAACCAACAGGAUUUUCAUCGUGUUUUUUAACUGAUCAACUCCUGAUGCCUGAUAAUAAAAAAUCUCAAGAAAAAAGCCAAGAUACACAAAUUUUACGUUCGUUACAAUCAUUUCGUUCAAAUAGUAGCUAUUCAACAGAAGAAUUGAAUUGUUUACCGUGUACACAUCAAAAUAGUCUUGUUGCAUUACGAUCAAAUGUUUGGACAUUACUUCGAAUGUUACUUCCACAACUCUCAUUUUACUAUCCAUCGAUCUCAAUGAUUGAUGAUGAAACAGAUCAUUGUAUUGAUCGACUUGUUGCUAAUUUGAUACAAAUUCCAUCCUACUAUGGAUCAUAUCCAUCUGUAUAA